UUUUGAUGUGCUGCUGCCAAAGUGCUGCAAUGAAACUCUCCAGAGGGAGCAACACUUAGACACCUGGCCAGCUUUUUCUUUGGCCUUCAUUCCCUUCUGUGCACCAUGAAGACACGUCUUGUCCUCCCCCGCACCUUCAUGCACGAUGUGGCACCAAUCAAAUGUUUCACUUGAAAAACUACUUCGAUGGAAAAAUCUUUAUGGAGUGCAGACCAUGAAUGUGAUAUAGCGCGUCGAGCACACCGGAUGAAGAUCGAGGAAGAAUGUUGGAGGGUACCACAGUCCACAUUCCGGGGAAAGUUGGACCGAUACUGAAAAACAGCAUUGAGUCCAGAAGACAAGCAGUGAUCCUAAUUCUCUACCCUGGUGAGCUUUGAGGCUUUUGAUAAUGGGACUGUCCAAGGGGCUUUUACCACACAUGUCCUCAACAUCUUUGUGGUCAGCCUGAGAGGAUCUCCCCAAGCAAGCUGGACUAUCCAUGGACGGAGCACAGGUCCUUUAUGGCAUCCUCGAUGUGGCACAUUUUUGUACCAGACGGGCUUUGGAAAUGAGGUACCCUAAAAACUGAACUGCACCUCUGAAGUGUUUGAGAAGAUCUUCAUACACCUGAACAAUGUCAACCAAAAGGUCCGCACCAAGUCCAUGGUCUUAAGAUAUGACAGGCUGGCUCUUACAGAGUAGCGCAGUUCGGAGCUGAGAAGACCGUUGACCCUCUGGGACGUCUGGGACAGGAACGGGACGUCUGCAGAGCCGUCGCUAAGGUGAGUGCAGCUUCAGUCCAGAUAGAUCCCCAAAGAUCUGGCAGUGAUGCUGUGUCGUAGCCGGCCCUUCUGUCUGUGCCCCUCGGUCUCCCAAGAGGCCCAUGUGACCUAGCCUACACCCACACAUAGGGGGCCCUCACUGCCUCUGGAGCCCACCCAUGAAUCCCAUCCCUGACCGCGGCAAAGAAUGCCUCCCUCCUAAGAAGAGGGAGUCCCGGCAAGGGUCGUCAGAACAUCACUUUCCGCCGCCGGAAGAAUUUAAGCCCCCUGUGCCACUCCGGAGUAGGUCCAACGCAGGGCGAGGGGAGGGCAACAGAGAGGUCGGCGCCAGGCAGCGAGCUCUGACUACCUUGAGCCCCCAUCUUCUCCACACUCCUCCGCCCUUGCCGACUCCAGGCCCCCUAACCCUGCCAUGGCCUCUGAGCUACCCCUCAUCUGUGUCACUUCCUCUCUUUCAAGGGCAUGUUAUGGAGAGGAGAGGCUCUGGGUCGCCACUUCCUCACCACUCCAGGUGGCUUCGAGCAGAAGGGCCCCACUCGUCCCCGUCGUCCACUUCCUCCUUUAAAACUCCUUUUCCAGCUGAUUCUCGAGAGAUGUGGUCCUACAUUAACAACGACCGAAGAGAUUACAGCUCCUCACUCUUCUCCCCAUCAUACUUGUUUGGUCAUACCUCUCUCUACCCUCAAGAGCCAAGUUUAGUUAAAACCAGGAGCAGAUACUUAGGAAAGAGGCCCAAUGGAUUGGAUGGGCCAGGCAGCAGGACUGCCACUACCUCUGGGCCUUUGCUCGCAGGAGAUUAUGGACACGAUUGCAGCAGAAUCCGAUUGGAUACGAGUCCACAAAGCUCCCAGACUAAUGGUGGACAAAGACAGCAGGAAGAUCUGACACCUGAAGCCCAAUCCAUGGGUUUGUUUUCCUCAGACUCUAAAGCUCAGGAGGGCCAUGAACCACAUUUCUCACUGCAGGACAGACAUCAGCAAGGAAUAGUGACCAGCCAUCAUGCUGUAGGACCAGACCCCUGGGUGUGUAGAGGAGGCUUCCUGGAUGCCGCGGGCGCCCCAGGAACUGAAGCCCACAUCUACUACUCCUUGGGAUCCGUUUUCCAGCCAAGCCCUCAGGCUCCCCAGUCCUAUCCGCCCUACAGUCCCUCAGGAAUACCACUGUACAACCUGCAAGUAAAGCCAGACCCAAAGAAGCACAAUCCAAGAAACUUACCCCACUUGUCCGAGGGUCUGCUGAACAGCCAUGACUGGUCCCAAAGAGACCAUGACAGAGACCAAAACAAAGACCAAGAAAAGAGCAAGGAGCGAGGUAAAGAAAAGGAGAGGCACCUGAAACAUAACAGGGAUCAUGUUCACGCCUCUCCCCCUGCUCUUCACUUGUCUCCCCCUGCGCUCCUACCUCACUUCACAAAGGGUUCGCUAAUUGAGCUGGCCAGUGGGCAGUUGAAACAGGUGGAGGAGCUGCGGACUGAAGACUUUUUAAGGAGCGCUGAUACGUCCCCAGAGCUCCACCUGAGCACCUGCACUGUGCUGCUCAUUUCUCCCAGCAGUGCACAGGGCAUCAGUCACCUGCAGGUCCAUCUCAAAGACCGCAACACUCAGGAGUUACUGAAAGUCUUGGUGGAGUAUCCAUUUUUUGUGCAGGACCACGGCUGGUCCUCUUGUUGCCCCCAGAGAACCGCAGAGCUCUAUGGCCUUUCCUGUCGUCAGCUCACAGAGGGAGAUGUUUGCCUUGCUCUCACCCCGACACCCAAGCAACUCCACCGGACACAUUCGUCCAGAGUCCCACGCGCACACCCCCUGACCAGGGCUGCAGUGGGAGGGCCUUGGAGUUGGCACAGGGAGAAGAUGCCGCCUCCUCCCCCUCCACCCCCUUUAACCCUACAUCUGCCCACUAUAGGGCCAAAGAAUGCCCGGGCUGCAGAACCCCAGACUCAGGAGCCCACGCGCCCUCGGAAACGGCGCUGGUCAGCCCCUGACGUUCUUCCCUCGACAGGAACCAACGAACGCCUCAUGGAUUUACCUCAAGGCUCCAAGCUGAUGAAGUGGCAGUAGAAACUCGCAGACGUGUGUACGCUCCACGGUUCUGUGGGGACCACUCCAGUCGCAGGGUUGCAAUAGAACAACAAUCAAAAAUUACGGGUGUUCACUUUGCUGGCCUAGGGCCUAAACUUGUCUACUUGUUGCACCUCUUUCCUUUUAUUUGUUUCCUUCUGUUUUCAUUUCCUCUAUCCUUAUCAGCUCUUUGCUUUCCUUUCGUUUUUCUUUUUCUUAACUUUCCUUCCCUUUCAUUUCAUUUCCUUUUUCCUUAUCUUCUUUGCUUUAAUUUUCUUCCCUUUGCUUUUCCUUUCCUUUUUCUUCACUUUCCUUUCCCUUCUUUUUGCUUUCCUCUUUCCCUUACCUUUCCUGUCCUGAGCAGUGAAAGGCUGAAAUUAGUAUGACAAUCAAGCACUGGUGCGUGUUCACUCUCUUUAUGUAACACACACACACACACACACACACACACACACACACACACACACACACACACACACACACACAUACACACACACACACACACACAUACACACACACCCACACACACACACACACACACACACAUUCUUGUAUUUGUUACCUUCUUGAGACCUCUGAAAAAUGCCUCCUUCUUUAGGACCACCUUUUCUAGAUAUAUAAAGAUUUGUAUUUACAACAUUAAUAAUAUAUACA